AUGGUGCAAAAGAAGAAUACUCAAGUAUCAAUCAAGAUAUUCAAUAGAAAGCAAUCAGCUAUUAUUAAUAAACGUGAAGUAUUUUGCAAAUGUGGACAAAAGGUUAUUCUUGAUAACGACUAUGAUGAAAAAAGGCUUAACGAAUAUUCUAGAAACUCAAGAUUAAAAGAAGACUUAGAAGAUUCAUCACCACCACCACCACCACCACCACCACCGCUAUCAUUUUCAAAUAAACCAUAUCCUGGACUUCAUUCUGAACAAAUUCUUAAUAAAAAAGAAAUAACUGAUUUUAAUCAGCAAAUGAUUGUUGAAUCAGAAUAUCAUAUUAAACAAUUAAAUGAAUUUCUUGAUACUGAGGAUUCAUCUGUAAGAUUUUGGAUGGAACUUGCUAAUAAAGCCGUUCAAGGUGCAUUUGACCAAAAACCAGUAUUUAAAGGACUUUGCUAUAUUAUGUUACAAGCUGCAGAACGUAAAGAACAAGGAAAAGGCUUACGAAAUCUCAAAUAUUCAACUGAAUUUUUAAAUUUUCUUAUAGUAUUGGAAAGUAUUAGUUUAAAAGCAUUGAAUUUGUUCUGUUGUAAACGGUCAAAUAUUAAGCGUAAACAAAUAAUAUACCAAAUGGACAAAUGUGAACUUCAAGUACUAAAUACGAACGAACUAAUCUUAAAUCAGCGUAAAUGGAUAAAUGAUUAG